AGAUGGCGGCGCCCAGGGCUGCGGCGUGAAAGUGGUCUGCGGGGGACGCUGUGCACCGUGCUGGCGUCAGGACCGCGGGGCCGUGCGCCAUGUCGCGGCUGAUCGUGAAGAACCUCCCGAACGGGAUGAAGGAGGAGCGGUUCCGGCAGCUGUUCGCCGCCUUUGGCACGCUGACGGACUGCAGCCUCAAGUUCACCAAGGACGGCAAGUUCCGCAAGUUCGGCUUUAUCGGCUUCAAGUCCGAGGAAGAGGCCCAGAGGGCACUGAACCAUUUCAACAAGAGUUUUGUUGACACGUCCCGGAUCACGGUGGAGUUCUGCAAGUCGUUUGGGGACCCGACGAAGCCGCGCGCCUGGAGCAAGCAUGCCCAGCAACCAAGCCAGACCAAGCAGCCUCCGAAAGACAAGGACUCGGUGCCCCCAGAAACUAAGAAAGACAAGAAGAAGAAAAAGGCAGCGAGUGAGCUGGAGAAGCUGAAGGAAGACACUGAGUUCCGGGAGUUCCUGUCGGUUCACCAGCGGCGGACACAGGCAGCCACUUGGGCUAACGAUGCCCUGGACGCGGAGCCCGCGCAAGGGAAGAGCAAGCGGGCCAGUGACUACCUGAACUUCGACUCCGAUUCGGGCCAGGAGAGUGAGGAGGGAGCCGGGGAGGACCCCGAAGAGGAGGGCGGCCUUGAACCGAAGGCAGCCGUGCGGAAGGAGCUGUCGGACAUGGAUUACCUGAAAUCCAAGGUGGUGCGGGCCGAGUCGCCAUCUUCCUCGGAGGAAGAGGAGGAGGAGGAGGAGAGUGAAGAUGAGGCCGUGAACUGUGAUGAAGGCAGUGAGACCGAGGAGGAGGACCCCUGCGCUGCCCCCAUCCGGCAGGGCCAAGAGAGGACAGGGCCAGGCCCAGAGCAGGGCACCCUGUCUGGGACCAAGAAACCACAGGGGGCCAGCGCCACGACAGAGAAACCAGCCGUCCAGCGGGUACCCAGCACCCCCCACACCGUGAAGCUGCGUGGAGCCCCGUUCAACGUCACAGAGAAAAACGUUACGGAGUUCCUGGCGCCCCUGAAACCGGUGGCCAUUCGGAUCGUGAGGAAUGCUCACGGGAACAAGACAGGGUAUGUCUUUGUGGAUUUCAGCAGCGAAGAGGAAGUGAAGAAAGCUUUGAAGUGCAACAGAGAAUACAUGGGUGGCCGCUACAUCGAGGUGUUCAGGGAAAAGGCUGUCCCCGUGGCCAAGGGGCCCCUGAAGAGCAGCAGCAAACCCUGGCAGGGCCGGACGCUCGGGGAGAACGAGGAGGAGGAGGACCUGGCCGACUCGGGGCGGCUCUUCGUGCGCAACCUGCCCUACACCAGCACCGAGGAGGACCUGGAGAAGAUCUUCUCCAAAUACGGCCCCCUGUCCGAGCUGCAUUACCCCAUCGACAGCCUGACCAAGAAACCCAAGGGCUUUGCCUUCGUCUCCUUCAUGUUCCCUGAGCACGCGGUGAAGGCCUACGCGGAGGUGGACGGGCAGGUGUUCCAGGGCAGGAUGCUCCAUGUAUUACCCUCCACCAUCAAGAAAGAAGCCAGCGAGGACGCCAGCGCCCCGGGAUCAUCCUCUUACAAGAAGAAGAAAGAGGCCAAAGACAAAGCCAACAGCUCCAGCUCUCACAACUGGAACACGCUGUUCAUGGGCCCGAAUGCAGUGGCCGACGCCAUCGCACAGAAGUACAGCGCCACCAAGAGCCAAGUGUUUGACCACGAGACCAGGGGCAGCGUGGCCGUGCGCGUGGCCCUCGGGGAGACCCAGCUCGUGCAGGAAGUGAGGCGCUUCCUCCUGGACAACGGGGUCAGCCUGGACUCCUUCAGCCAGCCCGCUGCGGAGCGAAGCAAAACCGUGAUUCUGGUGAAGAACCUGCCGGCGGGCACCUUGGCGGCCGAGCUGCAGGAGACCUUCGGCCGCUUUGGCAGCCUGGGCCGCGUGCUGCUGCCCGAGGGCGGCGUCACCGCCAUCGUGGAGUUCCUGGAGCCGCUGGAGGCCCGCAAGGCCUUCCGCCACCUGGCCUACUCUAAGUUCCACCACGUCCCCCUGUAUCUGGAGUGGGCUCCCAUGGGCGUCUUCUCCAGCUCAGCCCCACAGAGGGAGGAACCCCAAGACACACCGGUGGAGCCUGCGGAAAAGGAUCGGGCGGAGCCAGAACCCGUGCCAGACAGCGAGAGCCAUGAAGGUGAAGAGCCAACAGAGGGAGGAGCAGCCGACUCUUCGUUGAAGAUGGAGGAGGAGGAGGAAGAGGAGGAGGAGGAGGAGGAAGAGAGCCUUCCUGGGUGUACCCUGUUUAUCAAAAAUCUCAACUUCGACACAACUGAGGAGACGCUGAGGGGGGUGUUCUCCAAGGCGGGCGCGGUGAAGAGCUGCUCUAUCUCCAGGAAGAAGAACAAAGCAGGGGCGCUGCUGUCCAUGGGGUUCGGCUUCGUGGAGUACAGGAAGCCGGAGCAGGCCCAGAAGGCGCUCAAGCAGCUCCAGGGUCUCGUCGUGGACGACCACAAGCUGGAAGUGAGGAUCUCGGAACGAGCCACUAAGCCAGCCCUGACAUCCGCUCGGAAGAAGCAAGUUCCCAGAAAGCAGACCACCUCCAAGAUCCUCGUGCGGAACAUCCCCUUCCAGGCCGACAGCCGGGAGAUCCGCGAGCUCUUCAGCACCUUCGGGGAGCUGAAGACCGUCCGCUUGCCCAAGAAGAUGACCGGGACGGGAGCGCACCGGGGCUUCGGCUUCGUGGACUUCCUCACCAAGCAGGACGCCAAGAGAGCCUUCAAUGCCCUGUGUCACAGCACCCACUUGUACGGCCGGAGGCUGGUGCUGGAGUGGGCGGACUCCGAGGUGACCCUGCAGGCCCUGCGGCGGAAGACGGCCGAGCACUUCCACGAGCCCCCGAAGAAGAAGCGGUCUGUGGUGUUGGACGGGAUCCUGGAGCAGCUGGAAGACAGCGAGAACGACAGUGAGGAGCGAACCCUUCAGCUGUGAGCUGGCACCGAGCGGAUCGCUGGAUGACGGUGCUCGCCAGGCGCGAGAACGCGAGCCUGUGCCUUCCACCCCGUGUGCCUGGACAGCCUCCUGCCUCCUCAGACCCCGAGCCGGAAGCCGGACUUCCUGCGUCCAAGCACCGCACGGACCUGCUCGUGCUGCUGAGUGAACUUGGACCUCGGACCCACCGGCAGCCGUGGGGAGCAGGACCUGUCUCCGAGCGGGGGGUGAAAAGUGGCUCCCGAUCCUGCGUGGUUUUUAUAUAUGCACCCCCACCUUUGAUAUGUAUAUCGGAUUUUUAUUUCUAAAUACAAAAGCAAGGUGCCUUUUAAACU